AUGCAGAAACCAAUUCCUCGAAAGAUGUACAUUCUUGUACCUGACAAGCCUGCACAGAUCCAAAAUGAAAGUGCAAUAGCAGCCAAAACCAUAUCAUCGGUGAUAAGGACCUGUCUUGGGCCCCGUGCUAUGCAGAAAAUGGUUUUGACAAAGAUAAAUUCCAUAGAGCUUACCAAUGAUGGAAAUGCUAUUCUUAGAGAGUUAGAUGUUGCACAUCCAUCAGCUAGAUCUCUUAUAGAAUUGGCAAAGACACAAGAUGAUGAAGUAGGAGAUGGAACAACAUCGGUUGUACUCCUUGCAGCCGAGAUCCUGAACGAGAUGACUUACAUAUUAGACAAGGAUGUUCAUCCUAUAAAAAUAUGCAAUUCUUUAAGCAAAGCACUUGAAGUUUGUAUCAAGGCCAUUGACGGAACAGCUAUGUCCUUAGAUUCCAGCGAGGAAACAAGAAUCAAAAUAAUUAAUGGUAGUGUGGCGUCAAAAGUCUGCAGUAUUCUCAAGGUUCCUAUUGGAAAGCUUGCUUUAGAAGCUGUGAAGAAGAUUUACAUAAAGGAAGAGAACAGAUGCGAUCUUAAGAGCAACAUGAAGGUAGAGAAAAUACUUGGAGGAAAUUUUGUAGAGUCUGAGGUCAUGGAUGGAAUACUCAUCAACAAGGACAUUAUACAUCCACAGAUGAGAAGAACCAUCGAGAAUCCGAGGAUUGCUAUAGUUGAGUCUCCUCUUGAAUACAAAAAGGGAGAAAGUCAAACAAGCUAUGAGUUUUCCAAAGAAAACGAUUUCACACGAGCACUUGAGAUUGAGGAAGAGCAAGUCCGUGAAAUGUGUGAGAAAAUAAUUGCAGCAAAGCCUGAUAUUGUGGUAUGUGAGAAAGGGAUUAGUGAUCUUGCAUUGUCAAUUCUCUUUGAAAACAACAUCACAGGCCUAAGAAGGUUAAAGAAAACAGAUGUUUCUAGGCUAAGUAAAGCCUGCGGAGCACGACCUGUCAACAGGCCUGAAGACCUUGAGGAAAGGCACAUAGGAACUUCUUGUGGACUGUUUGAAUAUGUUAAAUAUGGAGAGGAAUACUAUUGCAAAUUCAGUAAGUGUGUAAACCCGAAGGCUUGCAGUGUUAUUAUCCGUGGCCCGACAAAGGAUAUCCUUGAUGAACUCGAAAGAAACUUCAUGGAUGCAGUUAAGGUAGCAAAAAGCAUAUUUAUCAGUCCCAAGCUCUGCCCAGGAGGGGGAGCUGUGGAGAUGGCAAUGUCACACGAGUUAAUGCAGAAUUCCGGAGACAACGAAAUAGAAGCCGAAGUUUUUUCAAGAGUGGCUUCGGCGUUAACCAUAAUUCCUUCCAUACUCCUUGAAAACUCCGGAGUAUUUAAUCCUCUAGAGGCCAUCACUCUUUUGGAGAAAAAGCAUCAGGAAGGAUCCUUCUACGGAGUUAAUGGAAUAACCGGGGAGAUUGUAGACACAAGAGAUCUUGUGCUUGAGCCAUAUGCUGUGAAGAGCCAAUGCAUCAAAUCUGCUAUUGAAGCAGUGUCGCAGCUUUUAAGAAUUGAUGGGAUAAUCGAAAGUAAGCGUUAA